AUGGCAAUGAAUGCCAGUCUGGGUGAACCCUCGCGGCCUUCACAGGCUGCAAGGCAUGUAUGUCAUCGCAUGCUGCAGACCUAUACACCCCUGGCGCGCGUGGGGCCUCCGCCGUCAAGGGCGUCACGUCCCGCUGUUCCAGUCCUUAUCUCCACAUCCCCUAGCAUUAUCACCCGUCGUAUGAACACACCGCGCAUGUCCACGUGCGUGUGUGCCGGGGCUGAAGGCGACACCACAAGCACAGCGCCCGGUGUGAGCCUUGCGGCAGCGGCAGACCCGGCAGGACGACCCGCUUCUGCGACGGCAGCCAGGAAAGCGGCGACGCGCGACGACUUUGCGAUUGACCAGCGACCCGUCAUCUUGUUUGAUGGCGUGUGCAACUUAUGCAACGGCGGCGUCAACUUCAUGAUGGACAACGACCCGUCGGCAGUAUUUCGUCUAGCUGCCCUGCAGAGCCCCGCCGGCCGCCGCCUGCUGUUGCGCUGCGGCCGCCAGGUCGACGACCUGUCCUCCAUUGUGCUGGUGGAGAAGAACCGCCACUUCAUCCGCUCCGAAGCCAUUCUGCGCAUCGGUGCAGCGCUGCGGCUGCCGCUGCCGGCGCUUGCGGCUCUGGGAUUCCCGCUGCCGCUGCCGCUGAGGGACACCCUGUACGAUGCGGUUGCGAAUAACAGGUACUCGUUCUUCGGCCGUACCGGCGCCUGUCGCCUGCGGGAUGCUGGCAGGUUUGCAGACCGGUUCAUUGUGGACUAG